AUGUCUCAACAUGAAUCCUUCCUUGAACUACUACAGGUGCUCCGUGGUGAUGAAACAACAACCACCCCACACGGAGUUGCAGGGGCUCUUGGUAAGGCUACAAGCUACAUCCGCUCAGGGGAAUCUGAACCCCUCACUCUCACGCAGCUUGUGCUUAUUUUCAGCCAGCGGCCUUUGCGUUGA